AAAACAUACGCGAACUCAACGAUGGAUAUCAAGCUCGCCAUCGUCUUAGUGGCAUUAGCCACGCAAGUGAGUUGCACCGAGAAGAGUAAAGCAGCGGAAGAGAGUGUAUCGCCAAAGGACUCUGUAUCCGAGUCAACGGAGAAGAAGACGGAGAAACGAGGAUUGCACGGUAGCUACGGUGAUCUGGGUGGUGGUGGUGGUGGCGGCGGCGGCGACCUGGGAGGAGGCGGUGGCUACGAACAUCACGAGGAAGUGAAGGCCGUGACCGUGGUGAAAAAAGUACCGGUCCCUUACGAGGUGACGAAGCACGUGCCCUACCUCGUGGAGAAGCAUGUCCCGUACGAAGUGAAGGUCGGUGUACCACAGCCGUACACUGUGGAAAAGCACGUUCCAUAUCCCGUGAAGGUGUUCGUGAAGGUGCCUGUACACGUGCCCCAGCCUUACACCGUUGAGAAGAAGGUGCCUUACGAGGUCAAAGUACCAGUGGACAAACCAUACGAGGUAAAGGUGUUGGUCCCACAACCGUACACCGUGGAGAAGCACAUACCUGUACCGGUUAAGGUGCCUGUACCUCAGCCGUAUACUGUAGAGAAGCACGUGCCGUUCCCAGUAAAGGUCAAAGUUCCUGUACCGCAACCGUAUCCGGUCGAGAAACCGGUGCCAUACGAAGUUAAGGUACCAGUGGACAAACCGUACCCGGUCACCGUGCCUAAACCGUAUCCGGUCACCGUCGAGAAACCGUAUCCAGUACCGGUCGAUAAACCUGUACCAUACGAAGUUAAGGUACCUGUGGACAAACCUUAUCCCGUGCCAGUAGAGAAACCUUAUCCCGUACCUGUCAAAGUACCUGUUCCUCAACCGUACCCUGUACAAAAACCUGUACCGGUCCCGGUCCCAAAACCUGUCCCGUAUCCUGUCAAAGUACCUGUGGACAAACCAUACAUCGUAGAAAAGGAAGUACCUGUACCUGUGGAGAAGGAGGUACCGGUUCCGGUCAAGGUACCUGUACCAGUGCCGAUACACGAAGGACAUGGGGGCGGAGGUUACGGAGGAGGCGGUUACGAAGGUAUUUCUGGGUAUGGAGACGGAGGCGGAUAUCAUCAUCGUUGAUUUCUCCGAGUGAUCGAGACGGUUUCUUCGAUAUGAUAAGAUUUUUAAUAUACGCGCUGCUGGAUCUCUGGGCAAUUGUCUC